CCCCAAGCGCCCCCACCAACGUCAACUAUCUGUUCCAGUCUCCAUCACUCAUCAACUAUACCGACCACCACUAUCUUCACCAUAACACUGGCAGCCUCUGGCACAGGAUUCUGUGAGACGAGGAUGGCCAGCAACUGGUCAGAUCUCACCGUGUAAUGUACACAUAGACAUCUUGGCAAAUGCCGGGUAGCAAUAUACAAACACCUCCUGAAUCCAGUUGACCCUUUCACUAUGCGGUUGGGCCCACUGACAUCACAGGCCCUUGGCCGAUCUCCCUACGAUGAGGUAGUUGAGGGCACUGGCGAGCCCCAACCCGGAGCACCAGAGCAGUUGUAUGAUGACCGAGGACGACCAGUGAAUCCAGAGACACGGCGCAUCAACAGAGACAUUAUCCGCUCUCACAACGAAGUUAUGCUGGUCAUCGGCGUUGCGGAACCAGACAGUGGCAUCAACGAGGCCCAAGCUCUAUACGAAGCCGCCACAAAGCACCAGUACUACGAAGAUGGAAUUGGGAGGAGGCUGUUCCUCACCGGCGAGGUCUUGGCCACCGUCGGAGUCUGGGGAGUCAACGGCUUGAGGCAGCGUAUCUUGCUGUACAAGGACUACGCCCAUGUUCCCUUUUCUCGUCUAUUUCACUUUCACAGAAGCCAGCAGUCAUGGGGAGAGUACCUCUGGGCCGGGCUGCCAUCGUAUGUCCUGAGCGAUAGUUUUGCUGGAUUCGACAUGCCAGAAUACCCAUGGGUCAAGUACGUGUUCUCCUGGGUCAACUUGCACCUAGAGGUCUUUGUCUUCAUGCAACGAACCGGCCUUGUGAACACCUCGAGAUGGGUUCCCACCCUUGGUUUCUUCAUUCCAGGCUGCAAUGACUCCCCAAUCUUCCUACCAAAACUUCCAUCCUCCUUUACCCCUGGAAGCAUCAUCAGCUGGCUCGGCGCCUUUGUCGCCGGUAUCGCCCCUUUUGCCGGCUACUGGUUCUUUUCAAAAAUAUACGCACGGCUCGUCUGGUCACUUAGGCGGAAAAUCCAGAGACGCUUGCCCAAACCCAUCAACUUCAGCAGGAGGAGGACUCUUAAGGAGGUAGUCCCCUAUUUACAACCGCCCAGUGGAACAUACAUCCCUCCCACGCCCACACCAGAAGAGCAGCAACAGCGACAAGAAACUCAGCCACGAACACCGACACCAACACAACAGCAGCAACAACAGCAACAAGCCCCAAGCGCAAACGCACUCGAAGCAGGCUGGGAAAUGGUCCACGCCCCCUCCGACACCCUUCCAACCAACGACGCCCUCCCUACCGGUCCUCCACCCGAUGGCACCCGCCGCCGCCAAAGCAUCAUCUCCGUCAGCGGUCCCGGUCCCGGCACUCCCGGCGGUCCCAACGGAUCCACCUCGAACACAAACCAAUCCCAAUCUCAAUCCCCAGCAGCAACAGCCGACGAAGCCCCCUUCCUCAGCGACGAUGACGAAGAAACCGAGCACGUCAACCCCACUCUAAUCACCUUUGACGUUGACACCAGCGACUCCGCCACCAGCGACUCCGCGCCCAUCCCUCCCGGCGCAGCAGUUUGGGCCGCCGAGUUGAGGCCUAACGUGCCUGAUAACUCUUCUGGUUCGAACCGGAACUCGCAACAAACACAAACCAAUAAUAGCAGCAGCUUGGGUUUGGACGCCCCUCUCUACAGAGACAACGGCCUCACGCGCCUGCCACACGUCCUCGCCGCGGGCGCGCUAGGACUUUGUGCUGCAAGGGCGAUGAUGACGCCGUUUGAGAGCUUGGCGCUAUUGGGGCUGGCGAGGCCGUAUAUGGCGAGGCGCAUGGGGCUUGAAGGGGCGACGUUGGACAUGGCGUUUCACGGCUUGGGGUUCAUGGAUGCGUUUUCGCUGGGGAGGAUGUUUAACGCGUUGGCACUGGAGAUGGUGCACUUGGCGAUUCAGUGCGAUUUGUGGGCGGGCAUGAUGUGCGUGGCGGAUUGGUUUAGGAUGAGUGAUGAGGAGUGGUGUGAGAGGGAGGGGGUGAAGAGGAGGACUCAGGAAUGAGGAUCAACGAGGGGGAGAGAGUUAACAGGGUCAAAGGGGAAGAAGGUCAAAAGAUAAGUGAAGAUAAAGCGAAGGAGAAAUGAAGAGAGAAGUGAAGGGGACCUGAAUUGAGGGGUGAAGAAGAUCUGAAGAGGAGCAGCGCUAAGAGAAGCUAAAGAGGAGGUGAAGAGUAGGUGAAAAGGAACGUGAAAGGCCGGAUGAGCAGAGCUAUAUAAGGCAUGAUUGCUAUAGAACUUUCCACGCUUGA